CGGUGCUCGGAAGUCAAUCACGCAGAGACCUGUACAACAGAGGACGCUUUGGAUGGCCCUGUCAUUUUUCAUACCAUCUAUGAUGUCAUAGGUUUGUGCUUUACAUGCACCAGCAGAUUCCCUCCACAGUGCAAGAUAUGAGUAUUGAAUUCGAUACAAUGCAUUCUGAGUACAAUCAGUUGGUGUCAGUACUUGCAGAAACUGAAGUAAAGGCAUCACAACGGAGAUAUCGUAUUAGCAAGAUGAGGGAUAUCAAACUUGGGAUCAGAAGACUAGAGAAGUUGAUGAAUGCGCUCUCGAAUAUGAAAACUGCGAUUCAGCUGAUUGUCAAAGAGAUUCCCAACAUAGAGGAAAUUAUUUUGGCUCUUGGAGCUAGCCCACAACGUCCUCAGUACAUUUAUGGCUUAAGCUUUUCCCAUGGAACAGCUGGUCCCUCGGGUGCAAAUAAUUUUGCUAGGAGUAAAGCAGCUGACGGACUUUCAAGAAAGGCUAUACGAACACUGAUAUCAAAGGGAGCUGGGUCUGUGACCUAUCCAGGUUCGAGUAAGCUGUAUCUGUUAAUUAAGGCCCCGUCUUCAUUCAAUCAGCCCCAGCAUUUUCUGCCAAAACGUGAUUUUAGGUAUAACAGAAAGAUUGUGCCAUUCAGAUUAUUGUUUAAGUGCCGGAAUCAGUGUCAAGAAGAGGCUGCUCCUCCAUCAGAAGAUUUAAUCUGGUUUCAAUGUCGGCACGUUAUAAAGGGCCUGGCCAUGAACACAACGCCAGAAGAAUGAAGGGCCCCUUUGGUUGCUAGAGUCAGGACUUUAAGAAUGGGAAUAUGCCCAGAACAACACCCGUAGUUAUCACUGCAGCUUCUUAAAAGGAUGAGGCCACGUGCCCUGACCUUUGAAUCAUAAUCAUACUAAAGCGAUGAUGAUUAGGUGGCAUAUCAGGAAUGUCUAAUCUCGAAGCCAUGCGAUUUCACUUACAAAUACGAACAAAUGGUUUGGAAUGUUUCGUGUUGUGGCAGGAUGGAUUGGAGGAUGGGUUUACCCUUGGAAAUUUGACGAAUGUCAUGUACGCUCUUCAUCAUUGAGUACUAAGGCAGGCGUUCAUUCUUCACUGGGAAAGUUAUUAUUAUACUUUUGUUAUU